AUGGAAGAACUACUGUCAAAGCAUCGCAAGGAACAAAAAGAUCUUCAAGCGCGCAUCACACAACGAAAAAAGUCCGCCACCAAGAAAACUCGCAAGGGUGUUAAUGAUGAAUGCGAUCGGAUGCAACACGAAUUGACCGACAAGCAACAAUCCGAGAUCGCGCAGCUGAAUGGAGAUCCGGCGGAAGACCUCGAAAACCUCAGCCUGGAAGAUGGCCAACCCUCAGACGAAGACAAACCCUCCGAUACGCCCAAAGAACCGAAGCCAGAGCCACAGCCCAUCUCCCCCGCAGAACCCACCAACACCAAGAAGCCCAACCGUCAGAAAGCUCGCCUUGCCCGUCGUGCAGCCGAGCAAGCUGCCCAAUCGGCUACCGCGGCAGAAGAGGCCGCAACCCAAACAAACUACAGAGGCAACGAGCAAGAGGUCAUGGAUGCGGUUUUCAAGAGACUUGGCUUGAAGGAAGUGGAAGUUACACCAGAUGGCCACUGUCUCUACUCAGCGGUUGCCAAGCAGCUCGACGAGUCCGGACUCGGCCUGAGACCGGACCCGAGCCGCAUUGUCCUCCAGUCAUCCACACAGUCACGCAUUGACACAGUCGCCUCCCCGCAACACGACGGCUACCGAGCUGUCCGCGCCGUCGCGGCGGAUUUCAUCACAGAACACAAGGAGGACUUUGAGGCGUUCAUGGAGGAGCCCUUGGAGUCGUACACGCGGAAGAUCAAAUUGACAGCCGAGUGGGGAGGACAACUUGAACUCCAGGCCAUUGCGCGGGCGUACGGCGUCGAAAUCAACGUUGUGCAAAGUGACGGGCGGAUGGAAAAGAUCGAGUCUGGCGAAACCUUCGACGAGGAAGAAAAGCGCAACCGCGUGAUCUGGCUCGCGUACUACCGUCACACCUACGGACUUGGCGAGCAUUACAAUGCCCUGGUGAAGAAGGCAUAA